GGGGGGCGGUGCGGACGGUGCGCAUCGCCUCGGGCGCCGCGCGGAGCUCCCCUCAGGCGCGGCCAUGGCGGUGGUGCGUCCCGCCAGCCCCUCCGGGCCCUGACGCGCGGCCCUUCUCCUUGCAGGUGUUGCGAGAGCAUGGGGCCGGCGGAGCCGGUGCAGAAGAUCAGCAUUAACGCCGAGAGCCCUCGCGGUGGCGAGAGGAACGGCUGCGGGGCGGGGGCUGAGCGCGUCCCCGCCGGCGGCUGGAGGCAGAAGUGCGCGGCCUACGUGCUGGCGCUGCGGCCCUGGAGCUUCAGCGCCUCCCUCACCCCCGUGGCUCUGGGCAGCGCGUUGGCCUACCGGGCCGAGGGAGCACUGGACCCGCGACUGCUGGUGGGCAGCGCCGUGGCCGUGCUGGCCGUGCACGGGGCCGGCAACCUGGUGAACACCUACUACGAUUUCUCCAAAGGCAUCGAUCACAAAAAGAGCGAUGACAGGACGUUGGUGGACCAGAUCUUGGAGCCUCAGGACGUGGUCCGGUUCGGGGUGUUCCUGUACACGGUGGGCUGCGUCUGCGCCGCCGGGCUCUAUGCCGUCUCUACGCUGAAGCUGGAGCACCUGGCCCUGGUUUACUUCGGGGGGCUGUCCAGCUCCUUCCUCUAUACUGGAGGAAUUGGAUUUAAAUAUGUUGCACUCGGAGAUGUGGUGAUCCUGAUCACCUUUGGGCCCCUGGCUGUCAUGUUUGCCCAUGCUGUGCAGGUUGGUUAUCUGUCUGUCUCACCGCUGCUCUACGCUGUCCCUCUGGCUCUCAGCACUGAGGCCAUCCUGCACAGCAACAACACGCGAGACAUGGAGUCUGACCAGCAGGCAGGCAUUGUCACCUUGGCUAUCCUCAUCGGCCCUGCGCUCUCCUAUGUUCUCUACACCGUGCUGCUCUUCUUACCCUACUUGAUUUUCUGUGUGUUGGCCACACGCUACACCAUCAGCAUGGCACUGCCACUGCUCACCAUCCCGAUGGCGUUUUCACUGGAGAGGCAAUUUCGGAGCCAAAACUUCAACAAAAUUCCUCAGCGGACAGCCAAACUCAAUCUCCUUUUGGGGCUCUUCUAUGUUUUUGGAAUCAUGCUGGCACCAGCUGGUGCUCUGCCCAAACUGUAACAAGCUGUAGAGCCAGACCUCACAGUUCAGUAUUAAUGCCAAUGAAGAGGGGGAUUAUGUGGGUAGUUGACCUGUUAUGGACAGUGUGAAACACAGAGAGACUGUCCUGAGCUGUUGAUUGUAUGUGAGUGUUGUGAUUUCUGGUCUUGGUUAGCUUGCACAUCAGGCUUUAGAGAAGCCAUUUAUCAGUUCCUUGGAAUAUCGCUUCCUUGCAGCUUUGAUUCUGGAGAACCAACGUGAUCUGAGGACAAGAGUUUAAAGAAUGUCACCCUUCUGCUGAUGAAUUCUGAGGGGCUUCCACUGUUAAUGGAAGUAAGAUUCAGUCUCAUACAAACUCUCCCUUCACAAGUAGCUUUGAUUUCUCUUACAACUCCUUACCACGGUCACAGAGUUCAGUGGCUCCUACGUGGCAAAUAGAAAGCACUGCCAAAUGCUUAGCAUCACAGUGACAUGGUGCUAUUACUUCACUCCUUUGAGAACAUGAUUCGUAUCUUUUCAUUUUUGUUGGUUUUCUUCUUCCUUCUGAGCUUUAAUUUCCAAGCCCUCUGAAUGGUAGUAGGAUACUGAUUCAUUCACUGUUGUCUCUGCUGGAUUCUUAUAGUCUAGAAAGUGCAAAAUUGUGUCUCUGUGGUGUGUUGGUGCUAAAAUGGAGCACAACUAUCCCAUUGCACAAGCUUGAAGACAAAACCAGUAAAUGUAUUCUGCUUUGAAAGCUGAACCUGUAAAUGCAAAUCAUGCAACUGAGUAGCCUUCAAUGCAUAGACAAACAAGUGGUUACCCUUUCCACUUUUGCUUAAAUUUAACUGUCUGAAAGGACAGCCAUGUUAAGCAGAAAUGAUGGACAGGGUGCCAAAAUUCUUAGAUCUGGAUUGAUAUUUGAGUGGGAGAACAAGCUUUCAGUUGAAAAAAUAUGUUUCUUUACCGUCAUUCUCUCUGUUUAGAGGCUUGAAGUACCAUAGUCAAAUGUCCUAUUGUAAGACCUAAAAGAAGUCCAGAUAAGGAGCAAAGGAGAAAGACACAGGGUUAGCAAAAAUAAAUGAUUGUGUUGGCUCUACGUAUCAGUGAGAAAUGGAGACAGAAAGAAACCAUCUUUACUAACCAGAUUUUUUCUAAGGCAGACCAGUUUGUGUGACUGAAUCCCACGUAAAUGUUAGGAGCUCUGACAUGAGUUUCCCCACCUCUUCUCCUCCCUCUGCACCUUGCAGCCUUGUUUUAGUUUCUUCUUUAGAUCUCACCUACUGAUACUUGGACCGUUUGGAGAACUGUUUGUUUCAGUAAACGUGCAGCAGUUUGAAAAGCAAACCAUGCCAAACAUAACUGGGAAACAUCCAGUCACUUUCCAUACGAAGAUGAUUUACUCCAUUCUGUUGUUACUCCAUGGCAGUCAAAUUCUCUUUUUUUGAAGAAAAAGUAUUUAUUUCCUAUGGUCGGGGGUUUGCUGAGUUGUUUGUUUACAGGUGAAGAGCUUCACAGCAAUUCAUCCUGGUGUUCCACUCUGUUAGUGCCUGGAGCACAGCCUUGCUUUUGAACCAAGGGGGAGCGCGUCAAUUACUCUAUAAAGGACUUUCAAGCAAUAAACUUAGCAUGGUGUUGUCCUUCAUUUGUCAUAAUUAAGUCGUACAUUCAAAAGUACUGAGUGUUGUAUUAGUGGAGUGUGCCGCUGCCAGUGCUGAAGCUGUUAAUGAGACAAUGUUACACAGCAUUGAGAGUUCAGUGACAAAACCUGGGCACAAGACGAGAAAAUAAGGACUUCAGCAACUGUCUGCUGCUUUAUACAGCAAAAUACUUUUUUGCUGUGUUGCUGAUGGGUAGAUUAGAAACACGAGGAGAAAAGGGAAAAAUUCAGCUUGGGCUGAUGGAGGGAGAUAGGAGUGUUUUGGAAACUGCUUGAAGCAGAGGAAUAGGCACCGUAUCUACUGUUGUUUCUUUGUGGACCUGCAGAAUAAAGAAGAGCUUGGCUCUGUGACCCACAUCACUUUUCUGCAGAGUAAAAGCUUUCCCAGGGAUGUGGACUGAGCUGGUGAAUCUGCUAAUUGUGCACUGGCAGUUAGGUGGGUUAUUAAUCCCAGCGUGGCUUCAUUGUUACCCUUUGUAGCAGCUGUGAGCUUCAUUUUAUGAUGGCUCCUUUUUAUGUAGCUGUCAGUUGAAAAGAGUAUUUCUCUUUUUCUACUCCUUGUGCACAGAGUUACUCAAGCUGAAUUCCUUAUGGUAACUAAGACAUGGCUCGUGUGUCUGAUAGCUGUGCUGGUGGAGAAGGACCUGGGGAACAACUAAUAGUGAAGCAGUGUAUGCAGCUGUGGUUGUAUUGGGGCUGGCCUUCUGUCAUGGGAAGGAUCAUUGCUUUCUGUUCAAAGAGAUGAAGGAAGAGUUCACUCAUAUAUGUGUAUGUUGGUGGAACUCUUGUCAAGGAGAGGAGUUUUAAAGCAGUUUAGAGGUGAGGAUUAGAGGAAAAUCAGUCUGAAAUGCUUUUGCUUCCUAACAGAUACUGGUUGCAUACGGUUCCCUGUCUGUGAAGGAAUGCAAUUCCACAUUCUUGGGGAUACUGAUAAGGGCUCCCACUUUCUUCACCAUGGCUUUGAGGAAGUCAUUUACCUACUUUGUGUAUCAGGAAACAGCUAACUUUUGCCUACCUCACAGGGAUGCUGAGCCAACAUCGCUGUCACAGCUUUGAAAGUAACAAGUGCUUUAUCUCUGUGUGCUUUCCAAAAGCGUGUUAGCAUGAGAAAGCAUUUUAGGUAUGAACUAACCUAACGGGUGACUGAACCAGUGUGAGCAGACCAAAAUCACCUCCGAGCUGACAUUGAGUGGUGAGAGAGGCUCCCUUGGUUUGUUUUGAGAUGAGGAUGCCGAGUCUGUCCCUGUCCUGUGUGACUACAGCUGAAUAUACAUUUCUUAAGCUUCUUACAGGUCUCUCUUGAACUGUGUUGCUGUGUGAUGAGUCUGCAUUGGUAGGUUAACUGAUUAAUGUGUCCUAAAGCACCUCCUGGCCUUUCUUACUCAAUAAAAUGACUGAAUGUUAGUCUGUUAACUAUACUGCAUUCAACUACUUUAUAUCACUCUGUUUUUGCACACGUAUUAGAGAAUUCUCUGGGAAGGAUGGGGUCUUUCUCUGCAGUGGUUACAGUGUCAGAACAUGACAGCUCAUACCUAUUAUUUUAUGUGUGCUGAGUCUCUUUAUGAGUUGCAUAAUCACGUCCUUCCAUCUCGCUGGAUAAGAAGUUCAGUGGCAAUGAUCACCUCAUGUUAACAGCAGACUUCAGACUGGUGGUAGCGUUCCCACCAACAAACAGAAUUUCCUUUGAUGCAGUUUUCUGUGCCACGUCCUGCUCAGCAUUUGUAAGGAGCUUCCAGCUGAACUUUCUCAACGUUUCAUCUUUUUAAUAAAGGUGGACUUUUUCAUCCUCA